AUGGAGAAAGAAAGGACUGGCUUUUUAACUCAGCAGGAAUGCCAUCCUACUGAUUUGGUUGACGGAGGACAUCUGAAUAAAGAAGUUAGCGUCCAAGAGCUUCGUAAUGCCAUCCCCGACUAUUGCUUUCAGCCAAGCCUCUUCUGGUCCUUCUUCUAUCUCGCCCGAGACCUGACUUACUCCGCUAUCUUACUCGGUAGUCUUUACUAUUUGCUUCAUACUGAGUUCGUGAGUCAGUCGACUAUUGCGUACUAUGCGGUGGUCAACGCGUAUGGCUUCACCCAGGGAGUUGUGUGGACGGGGUUGUGGGUUAUUGCCCACGACUGUGGUCAUAGUGGUUUCUCAACUUCCGGUCUUCUGAAUGACUCUAUUGGCUUCACUCUGCACUCGGCCUUGCUUGCACCAUACUUCUCUUGGAAGUCAACGCAUCGUCGUCACCAUAUUUAUGCCAACCACAUUGAUAAAGAUCUCAACUAUGUCCCACCCCGACGGGGUGACUAUGCUGAGAAGAUCGGUCACGCUGCGGAGAUGCUCGAGGAAGUCGGCCAGGAUGCCCCUCUUGUCCUGUUCCUUCGUAUCAUCCUACAGCAGACCAUCGGAUGGAACUGGUAUAUCUUAUCCAAUAUCACAUGCCCUUCCACAGCUGUGAUCAAACAGGGUAUGUCUGCCUGGAGACACAGCCAUUUCGACCCGUGGGGUGCGAUGUUCCGCGAGUCGGAGAAGAUAGCCAUUGUGUUGUCUGACAUCGGAUGCUUGACGACAAUCGCUGGGCUGUAUCACCUGUACCACGUGUUUGGCUCCUUCGAGACCUUGUUCUGGGUUUAUAUUGUCCCCUGGACAUGGGUGAAUCACUGGAUCGUAAUGAUCACCUAUCUUCACCAUACACACCCGUCAGUGCCAAAGUACACUGCAGACUCAUGGACCUUCCUUCGUGGUGCCACGGCCACCAUCGACCGCGACUUUGGUAUCAUAGGCACGCACUUCAUGCACCACAUUUCCUCCGACCAUGUCACGCACCACCUCUUCUCUCGAAUUCCUCAUUACUAUAGUCGAACUGCAAGCAAAGCGAUCAUUCCCCUCCUCGGAAAACAUUACCACGGUCGUGGCAAAUUUCGCUACGAGGACCUCCAGAUUGCAUUCCGUGAUUGCCAAUGGGUCGAAGAAGAUGCGACCAAAGACAAGACAUUAGGGCUACGUAAAGAAGGUGAGAUCCCUAACCGUGACGACGAAGCACUAUGGUACCGCGGUGGCAUCAGCCCAGCACCUGAGUUUAAGAUGCGAGGAUCGGCCCUCGUGCACAAGAAGACCGCAUGA